CCAACGGUAAGAUCAUUCCACUCACUGCGGAGAAUGCUGCUGCAUCGGGCAGAGCUUCCGAAAUCGCCAAUGCUUACAGAACAAGGUGUUUUCCAUCCGACAAUGGCAUAAUUCUUGGCUUCUUCUACUGCAUGGAUCAAGUCGAGACCAAGUCCGGGCUUCUGGUGUCUGCCGCAAGUACAUACGCCUUGAAGGGCGAGCGAUUCAAGGCCACGUCGAGCAAGUACACGACUCCGUACGAGGUUCUUGUCGCUGGAAGCGACUGGCGGGAGCUCACGUACUGCCACUGGCUGUGUGCUCUGCUCCAAAGAGGCAAAGUGGAGCAGAUCAUCUCCAUCUUCUCCUACACCAUCUGCGAGGCAAUCCGGAUGCUCCGGGCCGAGUGGAGAGAGAUUUGCAGCGACAUACGAGCUGGGAGCUUGUGCGAGGGGAAGGUGACAAGCCCAAAUCUCAGGCAGGCAUUCCUAGCUUCUCCAGUUUUCGAUGGCAUCAAAGGUGGCGACCCUGUUGAGGCCGAGGUUAUCUCCGAGAUUUGCAGCAGGGAUUCGUGGUCUGGAAUUGUGCCGCUGCUGUUUCCCAGGGCAAAGUUCGUGUCGACUGUGGUGACGGGGUCGAUGAAACUCUACGUUCCAUCUUUGAGAGAUUAUGUUGGAGACCAAGUUCCGAUAGUUGGACUGGACUACUUCUCGUCUGAGGGAGCGCUUGGGAUCAAUGCUGAUCCUCGAUGCCAUCCGGAGCGUGUUGUCUAUACAAUGGUGCCAACAGCACUCUACUACGAGUUUCUCCCUGUGGAUUCGACUUCAUGUGAUAAUAUACUUGGUUUGCAUGAAGUCCAAGUUGGAGAGCAGUACGAGGUGGUCAUCACAAACUUCGCAGGCUUGUAUCGAUAUAGAAUCGGGGACGUGGUAAAAGUCGAUAGCUUUUUUCAUGAAGUUCCUCGUCUGGCUUUUAGCUAUCGCAGGAAGGCAGUACUGAGCGUUCACAAUGAGACGGUUUCAAGAUGAGCAAGAGCUUCAAAACGUGGUGAGCAAGGUUUCGUGGGAAGCGGGCGUUGAGGUGACAAACUUCACGAGCUAUGGCAACUUAUCAGCUCUCCCGCCACAUCAUUCCAAAAAGAAAGAAAUUCUAGAGAGGUGCUCCUCAGUCAUUGACAUGUCUCUCAAUGAAGUAGAUGUGGGUAAGAGGAUUGAUGGAGUCAUUGAUUGACUGGAGGUGAUUGUGAAGCAAGGAACGUUUGAGAAAUCACGUAAGAAGCUGUGAAAAUGGGAGCGAAUCCAGGCCAAUAUAAAACACCAAGGUGUGCUAUUUCUCCCAA